AUGUCUUUUUGCAAAGCUAUCGGAAUCGACCUUGGAACCACGUAUUCGUGUGUUGGAAUAUAUCAAAAUGGAAAGGUCGAAAUUCUUGCCAACUCAGAAGGUAACAAGACCACACCUUCCUACGUGGCAUUCACAGAUACCGAGAGACUUGUUGGUGAUGCCGCCAAAGAUCAAGCCGCUCGUAAUCCAGAAAACACAGUCUUCGAUGCAAAGCGUCUUAUUGGAAGACGCUUUGACGAGGAAACUGUUCAAUCGGAUAUCAAGCAUUGGCCAUUUGCCGUCAAAGCGAAACAAGGAAAACCAGUUGUUGAAGUUGAGGUCAAAGGAGAGAAAAGAGAGUUCAACGCAGAAGAAAUCUCAGCAAUGGUGCUCCAGAAAAUGAAGGAAACCGCGGAGACAUAUUUAGGACAUACUGUUAAGGAUGCUGUGAUUACUGUACCUGCCUACUUCAAUGACAGUCAGCGUCAAGCUACCAAAGAUGCUGCAACCAUUGCUGGUCUCAAUGCUAUUCGUAUCAUCAAUGAACCAACUGCAGCUGCUCUCGCUUACGGAUUGGACAAGGGAAUCAAUGAGGAGAAAAACGUUUUGAUCUUCGAUUUGGGAGGUGGUACAUUCGAUGUAUCAAUUCUAUCGAUCGCUGAAGGAUCCAUUUUCGAAGUGAGAUCUACCGCCGGAGAUACUCAUCUCGGAGGUGAAGAUUUCGACUCCAGAAUGCUCCAACAUUUUAUGAAUGAGUUCAAACGGAAAACCGGAAAAGACAUUUCUCCGAAUCCACGUGCUAUUCGCCGCCUUCGAACAGCUUGUGAACGUGCCAAGAGAACAUUGUCCAGCUCUACCGAGGCUACUGUAGAAGUGGAUUCCUUGUUUGAUGGAACUGACUUCUAUUCCAAAAUCACACGUGCUCGAUUCGAAGAACUUUGUGCUGAUUUGUUCCGAAAGACAUUGGAGCCCGUUGAAAAGGCAUUGAGAGAUGCAAAGAUAGAUAAGGGACACAUUGAUGAAGUUGUGUUGGUCGGAGGUUCCACGAGAGUUCCGAAGAUUCAGAAAUUGCUUAAGGAUUUUUUCAAUGGAAAGGAACUCAACUGCUCCAUCAAUCCAGACGAAGCCGUCGCUUUCGGCGCAGCUGUUCAAGCUGCAAUUCUCUCCGGAGUGAAGGAUGAAACAAUCAAAGACGUUUUACUUGUUGAUGUAGCCCCAUUGAGUCUUGGAAUUGAGACUGCCGGAGGAGUGAUGACAAAUCUCAUCGACCGUAACACUCGCAUUCCAGCUAAAGCAUCGAAGACCUUCACUACCUAUGCUGAUAAUCAACCGGGUGUUUCUAUUCAAGUCUACGAAGGAGAGCGUGCCAUGACUCGGGAUAAUCACCGACUGGGAACGUUUGAAUUGACUGGAAUACCACCAGCACCACGUGGAGUCCCACAAAUCGAUGUCACAUUUGAUAUUGACGCAAACGGAAUCUUGAAUGUGUCGGCUGAGGAUAAAUCCACUGGAAAGUCUAACCGUAUCACAAUCCGCAAUGAGAAGGGAAGAUUGUCUCAAAUUGAAAUCGAUAGAAUGGUCAAUGAAGCGAAACAAUUCGAGAGAGAAGAUGCAGAACAACGUGACAAAGUCUCUGCUAGAAAUCAGCUCGAAGGUUAUGCAUUCCAAGUGAAACAAGCACUCGAGGAGCACGGAGACAAAUUGUCAUCUGAAGACAGAAGUCGUGCAAAGGAAGCUGUUGAGGAUACACUUCGUUGGAUGGAAGCAAACACGUUGGCUGAGAAGGAUGAGAUUGAAUCCAAGGAUAGAGAGUUGAAAGCUGUUUGCCAGGCUAUUCUGACCAAGUUGCAUCAGUCAGGUGGUCAACAGACAGGAUGUGGUAAUCCAGGUUCUGGUGGAUUCAACCCUAGCAAUUAUCCUCAGGGACCUACUGUGGAGGAAGUUGAUUAA